AUUGAGCAGGACAGCGUUCCCGUCCUCAUUUUCACUGGUGUCCUCCCUCACUUCCGAGUCUCAAAAUUUUCAUUGUCCACGCCUACCGGUAGCUGACGCCGUUCCGAAACAGUGAGUAGGCUGACUGGCUUUCAAGCAGACUAAAUGGACCCCCUGGCCAUUCUUCAGCUUGUUACGCUUUCAGCAUGUUGGCAUUGGAGUCUCUUUAUCCACAGGCCUUCGAGGCUGAACCUGAACACCUAAUAACACUGCUCCUUCGUAGGAAAAGGCCCUUGUUGGAUGCUGACACGGAGCCAGACGUGUCCUCGAUCGAAGAGCAUAUCGAUACCUUUGAACGUGAAAUCCUCAGUCUGGAGAAACAAAUCACCCUGCUGAUACACCAAAAAGAGCAGCUCGAGCGUUCAGUUUCCAGGCGCAAAGGACUGCUGUCGCCUAUCCGUCGUCUUCCAAGUGACAUUCUUCUGGAGAUAUUCUCUUGGGCUAUUCGUCGUCCCAAGAACAGCCUCGAUGUCACCGCGGGCGUGUGGCCUCUGAGCCAAGUCUGUGGAUGUUGGCGAGACAUUGUAUCGACCUCACCCGUCUUAUGGUCUGUUGUCAUUUUGAAACCCCCAUACACGCAACACUCGGCGGAUAUCCUAGCCUACCACUUUCGUCAUUCUGAAGAGCAUCCGUUGUGGGUAGCAAUAAGGGUUCACUGGCAUGAAGGCGGCUACUCCAAGGGCUACGACCAUGGUGGUCGUGUCUUUGAUAUGGUCCUCGAAAAAUGCGCGCUGUGGAAAAUGGUGGACAUCCUUACACGAUCAAAGGACCUG